AUGUCUACUGAAACUUCUGUCACCGCCAGCAAAUGGAGACUCGUUGAAGCCGGUCGUAUUGUUUACAUCAACAAGGGUAAAUUCACCGGUAAAUUGGCUGUUAUUGUUGAAAUCAUUGACCAAAAAAGAGUCUUGAUUGACGGUCCAUCCACCGGUGUUGCCAGACAAGCUUUCUCUUUGACUAACUUGGUUUUGACUCCAUUGACCAUUGCCAAGUUCCCAAGAGGUGCUAAAUCAUCUGUCAUUGCCAAGAAGUACGCUUCUGCUGAAAUUGAAAACAAGUGGGCUGCUACUUCCUGGGCUAAGAAGAUUGCUCAAAGAAAUGUUAGAGCUUCUUUGUCUGACUUCGACAGAUUCAAGGUUUCUGUUUUGAAGAAGGAAAGAAAAUUGGCUGCUAAGAAAUUAUAA